CGUCGAGUCGCAGCAGCGCUAGAGAGUUGCUCAGCUGUUUUGAAGGAAGAGAACGAAUAGCACGCUAUAGGUGCGCGCAUAGGCCAUAGGGAAAGGGAAGUAAUACUGCAAGCGGGGGCCGAGCCGAGGCUCAAUCGAGACAAGAAUCUCUCAGUUCGAUUCUACAGCUAGCAGCGUAAAGACCGAGAUCAGCUAGCAGUUUGUCAAAUGUAGAAGUUCUGCAGCGUCUUGCAUCUCUCUUUCUCUUUUCUCUCUCCCUCCCUCUCUCUCUCUCUCUCUCUCUCUCUCUCUCUCUCUCUCUUUCGAGUGUAUAUUAGCAGUGUGCGGAAACCCAUAUUACCUUGCGUUUGUGUACCGAUACGCGCUCACGCACACGGACACGAGUGUACGUAUAUAUAAUAUACGUAUAUAGACGCAUAUACAGUACAGUCCGCGUUCUCUCUCUCCCUCUCUGUCUUUCGUUCGUACAGUCCGAUAACAUCCACGACACGAUCGCGCGACGCAGCGUCGAGAGAGAAAGCAGCAGCAGCAGCAGCAGCGGAGUUACACGACGAGAAAAAAAGGAGGUAGAGGAGAGCUGGCGAGUGAAGAGCCUGUCACCGUCUGAUCGUCGUCGACGUCGUCCUACAGUCAUCCUCGGACCAGCAGGACGAAGUAGACAUGAGCGAACUCAAUCCCGAGGAGAUAAGGCGUCGGCGGUUAGCACGGUUGGGUAGCGCAGACCCACCUGCCAGUAAUAAUGUGCCAGUGCAGAUUCGACCACUGGAUGAGCCUCCAAUGGACCAAGGAGUCAAGCUGUAUGGUAGACAGCCACCAGGCUCUUCAAAUUUGACACUGCCACCAAUUCUUGCACCAGCAGUUGCACCUUGCAGACCUCCUGUUUCACGCUCACCAUCUUUAGAACCUACACAAAUUCAACUGCUUACUGACAAAGAGGCUGCUAUGGAAGUAGAAGAUAGCAGCUGUGAGAAGCAGUUUAAUUCAGGUGUUGAUGUUGAUUCUGGCAUAGAGAAUAUGGAAGUAGAAGACUCUGACCGCAAAGAGGUUACACCCAGAUCCAGGACAACAAGUUCGAGUACAGCCGAUGUAACGCUCGAGCAAGUAUAUGCGGUGAUUUCACGAGUGCUCCAGGUUUCAUGGAGAAAAUCGACGGAGGGAACGAUAUACCUUCCGGAAACCGCAGAAAUUGUCUCCACGUAUAACUGUCUCGACCUGCAGGAUCUCUCGAGUCAGGCAAUAAUGGAGGUCCUCUUUAAAAUCGCAAAUGGCGAGGACCCGCUCAAGGAUAUUGCUGUUGAUACGUCGCUCGACUGUCAGGACAGUCCCACCAGUCAAGCCUGCAGUCCAAUGCUUAGUCCGGUGCAGACGAAUACGCCGACACCGAUUGCAACCGCAACGACUGCGGCUACCACAACGACAACAACGAGCGUACCAACGAAUCCAAGUAGCAGUACAAGUGCACCUAGUCCGAAUCAGUCGACGACACAGUGCAAAAGUUUGAUUUAUUUGCUUGAUUGCUAUGCGCGUGUCGCUGUUGAGGAGAGGAAUCAUCCAAAGAGAUCAAGUAUACCACCACUUUCGGAAGUGCUGUCAAACUUGCGAGCUCAAUGUAUACAGCACACGAGCUUACUUCUUCAGGGAAUCAUUCCCGGCUGCCAGGCGUCAGAGGCCUGCAAGUCCCCACUGCUGCCGUUCGUUUUAUCGCAGAAUCUUCCAAGAGGAUUUCUGCACGAGCUCGUCGCGCGUACGCAGACCAACGCCGAGGCCUUUAAUCGCAUCUUUUCGCCACUUUUGCAAAGCCUCUACCUGGCCAUGCAGAGCGCCAGCCUUGUUGGAAAUACCCAUAGGCGACCUAUUGAAGCUUUGGAGGAGCUUGUUGAAAUACGUUGUGGACUUAGUGGCAAUAUAAGGCCUGUUUGUAGGUUGAUAACGGGACAGAAGCAAUUUUUGCCGGAGGUAGUAACACCGGCUAUAGGCAGAGAGCUUGCAAGAACAUCCUUCUUGGGACCAUUCUUGUCCGUUUCUAUAUUUGCAGAGGAACAUCCCAAGGUGGCCGAGAAAUUUUUCAGUGGCAACACAUCAAAUGACAAGUCAAUGAUUGUUACCUUGCAAAGAGAACUAGACAGCGUUCGAGUCUCGCUGCAUAAAAUUGUGCACGCGGUACUAGCAAGUAACACGUGUCGCGAGUCGACCCUCGGUUAUCUUGCAGCUUUACUCCGACACAACGAGAAGCGCACGCAAAUCCAAACCGAAGAGUUUACGCUAGCUAGUGAUGGAUUCAGUCUGAAUCUGCUGUCGAUCCUGCAAAUGCUCUCUGUCAAGGUCAAACUCGACACCAUUGACCCUCUUUAUCCGUUUCACCCUGACUCUCUCGUGAAUAUUAAAGACGAUACUAGGCUAAAGCUCACUUCACAGGAGGUGACUCAAUGGCAGGAAGACCUAGUGAAAGAAGGCCACACGUGGUCCAAGGCUAAAUUCCCUACGCAGUGCUGGUUCCUAACGCUUCACUGCCAUCACAUAGCACUGAUCCCGGCGCUGCAAAAGUAUCAAAAGAAGCUGCGAACUUUGCGUGAUCUACAGAAGAUGCUCGAUGAGCUUCAGUCGACUGAAGCCCAAUGGAAGGAUACAAUGCACGCGAUGCAGAACAAGGAACUGAUCAAGCGCUGGAAGCAUCAGUUGAAACGACUAGGCAAGUCUAAGGUAUGCGCUGAUGCAGGCCUCAUCGACCCGGUGAUGCUGAGGCGCUGUCUUCACUUCUACACAUCCGUGGCUGAGGUGCUUUUGAGGCUACUCACUGGCGUAGAAAACGUCAAUGAUCUGGCCUACGACCACAAUCUGUCCAAUAUACUGAGCUGCCGCUCCGAGACGCCGAAAAUCUUCACUGCCCUGCCUGAGUGGUACAUUGAGGAUAUCGCCGAAUUUUUAAUGUUCACGCUCCAGUUUUGCCCGGGUGUUGUGGUAAAUAAUGUCGAUACCGUUCUCAUCACAUGGCUGCUCGUUCUAAUCUGUGCUCAAGACUGUAUAAGGAAUCCUUACCUAAUAGCCAAACUGAUUGAAGUUUUAUUCGUAAUAAAUGGAAGAGCGGAGAAUUUACACAAACAAGUCAUGGCGCACCCACUCUCAAGUCUCCUGCUCGCAUCAAACCUGAUGAAGUUCUACACAGAUGUGGAGACCACGGGAUCUUCCUCCGAGUUCUACGACAAAUUCUUCAUACGCUACCACAUAUCACUUAUUCUCAAGUCUAUGUGGGAAAGUCCGGUUCACCAAGCGUCGAUAAUCCGCGAAAGUUCGAAUGGCAAGCAGUUUGUGAAGUUCAUUAACAUGCUGAUGAAUGACACGACCUUCCUACUCGACGAGUCGCUCGAGUCGCUCAAACGGAUCCACGAGGUGCAGGAGUUGAUGUCGGACCAAACAGCGUGGGCUGCUCUGCCACAGGAGCAGCAGCAGUCACGCACAAGACAGCUAGCUACGGACGAGCGGCAGGCCAGAUCAUAUCUAACCCUUGCCAAGGAGACUGUAGCCAUGUUCCAUUAUCUAACUAUACAGAUCACCGAACCGUUCCUGCGACCAGAACUCGCUGGCAGACUGAGCGCUAUGCUGAAUUUUAAUUUACAACAAUUGUGUGGACCUAAGUGCAAAAAUCUGAAAGUGAGAAAACCGCAGAAGUACGGAUGGGAGCCGAGAGCGCUGCUUGGGCACAUUGUUGAUAUAUAUUUGCAUCUCGACUGCCAUAAGUUCGCGGCUGCCUUGGCUAGCGAUGAGAGAUCAUUCUCCAAAGAGCUGUUUGCGGAAGCAGCGGGUAAGCUUGAAAGGUCGGCGAUCAAGUCUGCGGCUGAGAUCGAGCGAUUUGUUGCGCUCGCGGAGAAGGCAGCACAAAUUGCUAGUGAUAAUAGAGCUCGUGAGGAAGACUAUAACGAUGCACCUGAUGAAUUCAAGGACCCGCUGAUGGGUACACUAAUGGAGGAACCAGUCAAGUUGCCCUCAGGUAUCAUCAUGGAUAAGGACGUUAUCAUAAGGCAUUUGCUGAACAGCGCAACCGAUCCAUUCAGCAGACAACCUCUCAGUGAAGACAUGCUUGCACCAAUGGACGAGCUGAAGGCGAGGAUAUCAGAAUGGAAGCAGCAAAAGAGUACUGCAACCGACAUGUAAACUGGUCCUUAACUUGAGAAAAAAAAAUUAAAAACAGAACUGAACGGUUUAUUCGAGAAUAAUUGACAGUGUCAAGAUACAUAUAGAACACACUCACAUACACAAGUAUCGCGAAAUAGUGAACAGUGCGCAUUUUUUCAUCUUGAUCGAAAAGGGCACGAACAAUUCAAAAUCUAGUGCACGUGAUCUUCCGUGAUUGUGCUGUAAACAAGAUCAUAAAUUUGCUGUUUUUUAUACGUCAAAAUAAGGAUAAAGAAUACAAAUGCAGACUUGAGCUAACAAACUGCCAAUAUUACUCGAACCGCAUAUUAAAAGAAAUUUAGAAUUAUGUACAUAUUAAGAGUAGGUUAAGCGCGUAGUAGGUAAUAUUGAAUCUAUAUAGCUACAAAUGAGAUCUGUUUUUUGUGGUACUUGGAAAAACGAAAUUUAUGUUCUGCGAACAAAAAAUUACGACGAAAGGAAUAAAAGCGUUAUUAAAAUUUUUAAAGAAAAAGAAAAGCUUGUGGAAAUGUAUAUUCUUUUUCAUUCGAUUAUUAUAUGUGGGAGCUAUUGUAAAAGAAUAAGAAAAAAAGAUAAUUUUUAUUAAAAAGUAUAAUUUGAAAAGUGGAAAUAAUUCAAUACUGAGAAACUUGAUAUUGCAGCUUUUUGAUAAUUAUUAUUAGUCAUUUUUUAAAAUGAAUUUUAGUGUAUAAAAAUUUUGUACUUGAUUUAAAGACGAUUGCAUAAAGAUUAAUGCUUAUUAGAAUACAAAACUUGCUGUUUUUUUUGUGAAUAUUAAACUGCUACAUGUAAACAAGUUACUGCUGCUGCUGCUGCAAGACACUUGUAUGAAAUUAUUCAUAAUACAAGUUUAUAUUGGAUAUUCUAAUCACUGCCACAUUAAAUCACCUAUUGAUGAAACCGUAGUGACAGAUAUUAGAUGAUCAAAAUAAUUAAAUAUAUCACAGAGAGAGAUAGCGAGAGAAAACGAUAAUGAUUUCGAUUAUUUUUCAUCCAAGUUUAGCAAAACUUGGGAUUUUCUAAUAAUUUGUUGAUAUAUUUGUAAUUUUUUUUUCAACAAAUUGAUGUUGCCAAGUGGCAUUAUUGACGAAAUCAAUUAUAUAUCGAUUUGGUUGUAAGUAAUUUCUAAGGCUCGUAUGUUAAUUUUU